AUGAUCGCAUUGAGGCUCUUGUCCACCCCACUGCCCAACACCGGCACCUUGUUCUCUUCUCGAGCAGGAACUCGCAAACUUUGUCACGCUUUGACAACCAACCCGCGAGUUCUUUCCUCAACCCCUCGCCCUUAUCACCAGACUUUUAGACCGCAGGCUCAACAGCCACCAUCCCUUUCCACCAUGGCUCCGCCUGCCACCACCCUCAAGGGGCAGCCCCUCGACCGCGGUGCUCUCGACACCAUCCUGCGCCGCCGAAUGUUCUACACCCCGUCCUUUGAGAUCUACGGCGGCGUGUCCGGACUCUACGAUUACGGCCCACCGGGCUGCGCGCUGCAGGCAAACAUCAUCGAUGCCUGGCGCAAACACUUCGUCCUCGAAGAUGACAUGCUCGAGGUGGAUUGUUCCGUGCUCACGCCCGCCGAGGUCCUCAAGACCAGUGGCCACGUCGACAAGUUCGCCGACUGGAUGUGCAAGGACCCUAAGACCGGCGACAUCUUUCGCGCCGACCACUUCGUCGAGGAGGUGCUAGAGCAGAGGCUAAAGGGGGACAAGGAGGCCCGUGGACAAAAGGUCGAGGACAAGGAGGAGGACCCUAAGAAGAAGAAAAAGAAGCUCAAGGGCGCACAAGAAGCCGUCAAGCUUGACGACAAGCUAGUCCAGGAGUAUGAGGAGAUACUCGCACAAAUAGACAACUACGACGGCGAAGCAUUGGGCAACCUGAUCACCAAGUAUGAUCUCAAGAACCCUGCAACUGGUCUUCUUCCUACUCCUCCAGUCUCCUUCAACCUUAUGUUCAGCACAUCAAUUGGCCCCAGCAGCAACCUCCCUGGGUACCUCCGCCCAGAAACCGCCCAAGGCCAGUUCCUCAACUUUGCCAAGCUCCUUGAGUACAACAACCAGCAGAUGCCGUUUGCAUCCGCAUCCAUUGGCAAGUCAUACAGAAACGAGAUCUCGCCCCGUUCCGGCUUGCUUCGUGUCCGAGAAUUCUUGAUGGCCGAAAUAGAACAUUUCGUUGACCCUGAGAGUGGCAAGAAGCACCCAAGGUUCUCCGAGGUUGCGGAUAUUGAGCUCGAGCUACUGGACAGGGAGACCCAGCUGUCGGGCAAGACCACCACUAAGAAGGUUGCGAUCGGCAAGGCCGUCAAAGACGGCUUGGUUGACAAUGAGACUUUGGGUUACUUCUUGGCCAGGAUACAUUUGUUCCUGGAGAAGAUUGGUGUCGACAAAUCGAAGCUUCGCUUCCGUCAACACAUGGCAAACGAGAUGGCUCACUAUGCAUGUGAUUGCUGGGAUGCAGAGCUGUUGACUUCAUACGGCUGGAUCGAGUGCGUGGGCUGUGCCGACAGGAGUGCCUACGACCUGAGCGUCCACGCCAAGAAGACCAAUGCCCCGUUGAUCGUUCGUCAGCGGUUACCGGAGCCCAAGAUUGUCGAGGAGUGGACAGUAGAGGUCGACAAGAAGAAGUUCGGCCCUAAGUUCAAGAAGGAUGCCAAAGCCGUCGAGACGGUGCUGCUGGAGCUCAACCAGGACCAGCGUGGUAAGCUCGAGAAGGAGCUCAAGGACAACGGUUCCAUAACAGUAGACGUCCCCGGUGUUGGUGAUGGCAAGGUACAGGUCGAGAAGGACCUGUUGUCUAUCACAUGGACAAAGAGGACGGAGAACACGCGAGAGUUUAUUCCCAAUGUCAUCGAACCGUCUUUCGGCAUUGGCCGAAUUCUAUACUGUCUGCUCGAGCACAAUUACUGGACGCGAGCAAGCGAGGGCGGAGAUGAGGCUCGUGGUGUCCUCUCCUUCACCCCAGUCGUUGCACCCACCAAGGUCCUCAUCGUGCCACUGUCUCGUCAUGACGACUUUGUUCCUUUCGUGCAGAAGAUCUCCCAGAAGCUGCGCUCCGUCGGGGUUUCCAGCCGUGUGGAUGACUCAUCGGCAACGAUUGGUAGGCGGUAUAGCCGCAAUGAUGAGCUGGGCACUCCUCUGGGUAUCACUGUGGAUUUCCAGACGGUCAAGGACGGCACCAUCACGCUUCGUGACCGUGACACCACAGUUCAGGUCCGGGCUGACCAGGACAAGAUUGUGGACGCCAUUCAGGAGCUUGUUUCUGGCAACAAGGUCUGGAAGGAUAUCCAGGCGGAGUUGCCUGCGUUCGAGGGGCAGGAAAUUGAGGUUGCCAGCCGUUGA